AUGAUGCUACUCUACUACUUUUCGUCCGCCGUCAAGAAUGCCCAACUGCAUGUCGACGACGACAUCAUCGACAAACUGAAUUAUUACUACACCAGUGCGUUGCUGAUCAUUUUCGCCAUUCUGGUGUCGGCCAAACAGUACGUCGGCUAUCCGAUCCAAUGCUGGGUACCGGCGACGUUCACCGAGCCGAUGGAACAGUACACGGAACAUUUCUGCUGGGUUCAGAACACCUAUUGGUUACCGCUGCACGAUUAUGUCCCCUCCUCAUUUGCAGAGCGAGAGCACCGCCAGAUCGGCUACUACCAAUGGGUGCCUUUUGUGCUGUCGUUAGAAGCACUUCUUUUUUACAUUCCUUGCGUCGUAUGGCGACUGCUGAACUGGCAAGCAGCGUCAGCUUUCGUCCAUGUCUUCCAUUUUCUCAACUUUGAUCUCUUCUUGUCUACAGUAAACUGUUCUCCUCAGGUCUCUAAGACGAGAAAGCUUGCGGAACACUCAGCAUUUGUAUGCUGGCAGUUGUCGUGGCCAUAA